CAUCAUGUUUCUAGGGAAGCAAUCGUAAUCGUCCUCCUCCACCAAACAUCCAGAUGAUGAUGAUGAUAAGGAGCAGUAGCCAGCCAGGGCCUUUCUAUUUGGAAGACCCAACAAAGCAAAAGCAGAGCAGACCAUACCAUAUUAUACCAAACGCACACCACCUGGCUUCUUGACCGAAAGCUCUGUGAGAGAGAGAGAGAGAGAGAGAGAGAGAGAGAUGGCUCUGGCAAGCUUUGCGAGACGUAGGGCGUACUUGCUCUCGAGGAAUCUCUCGAAUUCCACCUCCGAUGUGUUCAAGUACUCCCACUCCCUCACUGCCUUCUCCCGAGGAUUCGCGUCCUCGGGAUCUGAUGAUAACGACGUCGUCGUUAUUGGAGGUGGGCCUGGUGGCUACGUCGCCGCCAUCAAAGCCGCCCAGCUUGGCCUCAAGACCACCUGUAUUGAGAAGCGUGGGACUCUUGGCGGCACCUGCCUCAACGUCGGCUGCAUCCCGUCCAAGGCUCUUCUGCAUUCCUCUCACAUGUAUCAUGAAGCCACGCAUGCAUUUGCCAACCAUGGAGUGAAGUUUUCUUCUGUUGAGGUUGAUUUACCUGCCAUGAUGGCCCAAAAAGAUAAAGCUGUGGCUAAUCUUACUCGAGGAAUUGAAGGCUUGUUCAAGAAGAACAAAGUGAACUAUGUCAAAGGUUAUGGCAAGUUCAUUUCUCCCUCUGAAGUUUCUGUGGAUACCCCUGAUGGUGGUACCACCAUUGUUAAAGGCAAGAAUAUCAUAGUUGCUACUGGUUCUGAUGUCAAAUCUCUACCUGGUAUCACCAUUGAUGAGAAGAGAAUUGUAUCAUCAACGGGCGCUUUAGCUUUGUCUGGAAUCCCAAAGAAACUUGUGGUCAUUGGAGCAGGCUACAUCGGCCUAGAGAUGGGUUCAGUCUGGGGCCGUAUAGGCUCAGAGAUAUCUGUUGUUGAGUUUGCCCCAGAUAUUGUCCCAACCAUGGAUGGGGAAAUUCGUAAGCAAUUUCAGCGUUCCCUUGAGAAGCAAGGGAUGAAAUUCAUGCUCAAGACUAAGGUGGUAGGAGUUGAUACUUCUGAAAAUGGUGUGAAGCUGACCCUUGAACCAGCUGCAGGUGGUGACCAGACCACACUUGAAGCUGAUGUUGUUCUUGUCUCUGCUGGCAGAACUCCAUUCACAGCUGGACUUGGACUGGACAAAAUAGGUGUGGAAACAGAUAAGAUUGGACGGAUUUUAGUCAAUGAAAGAUUUUCUACAAAUGUGCCAGGUGUUUUUGCAAUUGGUGAUGUAAUUCCUGGACCAAUGUUAGCCCACAAGGCAGAAGAAGAUGGGGUUGCUUGUGUAGAGUUUAUAGCAGGUAAGGUAGGUCAUGUGGAUUAUGACAAGGUCCCUGGGGUUGUCUACACUCACCCUGAGGUUGCUUCUGUUGGAAAGACUGAGGAGCAGGUGAAGGCACUUGGUGUUGAUUACCGUGUUGGAAAGUUCCCUUUCAUGGCGAAUAGCAGGGCCAAAGCAAUUGAUGAUGCAGAGGGGUUGGUCAAGAUACUGGCUGAAAAGGAGACAGACAAGAUAUUGGGAGUCCAUAUUAUGGCGCCCAAUGCAGGUGAGCUCAUUCAUGAGGCAGCGAUAGCCUUACAGUAUGAUGCCUCAAGUGAGGAUAUUGCGCGUGUUUGCCAUGCGCAUCCAACAAUGAGCGAGGCAUUGAAGGAAGCUGCCAUGGCCACUUAUGACAAGCCCAUUCACAUUUAGAAAGUUGUUUAUCGUUUUUCUUUUAUUUUUUGUUUCAAAGAUUUUGGAAUGACUGUGAAGACUUUCCAUUUUCUGAAUCUUCUGCUCGUGGAAGUAGAUGAAGUCUCUGAAAUAGAAAUGAGCUGCUAUUUCUCAUUGUUACCAUGACAGAAUAAUUUUGUGUUUUAAUAACAACAUGAGAGUGGUUUGUUGA